AUGACCAACACCCCUCCAAUCAAGCAAGAACCACAACGCGAAGCCUCAGCCGCGCAAUCGAGCACUACCGUGCCGAGCAAUGUACUGAAACCUCAGCCGCGCAAGACAACGUUGACGCAAAGUGUGGCGCAGAACAUGUCUCCCAACCCUAAAUCGACUCAAUCAAGCAACAUCGAAGCCGCGCACAGCCAGUCGGAACUACAGCGACAGCUGAUCGAGUCCGAGGGCAAACGUUCGAAGCUGCAGGAUCAGCUGGCUGAGUCUGAGGGCAAACGUUCGAAGUUGCAGCAACAGUUGACCGAGUCCGAGCGUGAACACUCCAACGUACAACACCAUCUAAGAGUCACUUCCAUUGACAAGUUUGCCGAUAUCCAGCUUCAGUUGACCGAAUCAGCAAAGAAAUACGGCGACCUUGAAAGGGACUACAAGGAUAAAUGGGCGAAAUUGAACACUAUCACUUCCUCGAAGAAUCGGCUACAUGUCAAGAAAGAUCAACUACAACGCGAGAAAGAUCGACUCCAACGCGAGAACGAUCUGCUGCAACUCGAGGAAGAUCUGUUCGAACUCUUGAAGAAUCAGCUGCAACUCGAAGUGAAGACGUGCAGCGAGAAACAGUUCUACGAGCGCGGCCGAUAUUCCCUUCUGCUAGAACAUCUGCAAAAGAACAAGAUUGACAUCCCUAAGGAGCUCACGACCUCUCCUUAG